AUGUCGGCAUGCUUUAGAGAUGUGGAUGAAGUCAUAUCAAUCCUCCAUAUCCCUGAUUUCGUGGUUCGAACCGACAGAGAUACUGGCACUCAUGAGGAAGCAGUAUCAAAAUCGCGAUUAAUGGGCACCAAUCCCGAAGACCACGCCUACACAGCUAUUCAAAAACAAAAGUUAUAUUCGACUCGAAGACAAAUAAAACUCUGCGAAACGAAACAAAUGAUUACGAGACUGGCCAUCGAACUGUUACUGAAAGUCUUUGAGGAUCUAGACAUCGCUUGCAAAGUAUCACUCGGGCUAACUUGUAAGCGUAUUUAUGUAUUUACAAGAGUCUCUACCCAGGCAGUGGUGCCGCUACUAGUAGAUUAAAGGGAUUUCUGGUUUACUCGUAUGUAGAAAAUUUGGCCCUGCCUUCGAGAUCUAUUUUGCACUAAUUUACAAGGGAAUUUACAACAGCUAUCGCGAAGAAACAGAGCGAUGGGCUCGUCUCUACAACACGCCCGCUAUCAAUUCGUCCCAAAGCUCGAACAAAAUGGACUUUGGCAGAAUAA